GACGCAACCCGAACAUCCUCCACUCAACCCCUUUUACAUGCAUUUAUAUUUAACAAUCGCGUAAUGUUUGUGUCCCCACGCCGGGCCAGGCUCGAAAUUUAUGCGGUUCCCCUCGAUUUUAUGCGCGUCUAUUUCGAUCAGAAGGCGUCGUUCGAUUCCUCCGCGUUUGGAUGCAGAUAACUUGACAAAAUAAUUGCGAGUUAAAAUUGUAAUAGGUAGACGCGUGUAGCAGCCAGAAUCCAAGAUGGCGGACGAUGAGGAAAAGAAGAGGAAACAGGCGGAGACCGACAGAAAGAGGGCGGAGGUCCGCGCCCGCCUCGAAGAGGCUUCCAAAGCCAAGAAGGCGAAGAAGGGUUUCAUGACCCCUGACAGGAAGAAGAAGCUUAGGUUGUUGCUGCGUAAGAAAGCCGCCGAGGAAUUGAAGAAGGAACAAGAGAGAAAAGCCGCGGAAAGGAGGCGCAUCAUCGAGGAGCGCUGCGGAAAACCGAAGAACGUCGACGACGCGAGCGAAGAGACCGUGAAGCGCGUGCUGCGCGAGUACCACAAUAGGAUCACGGCAUUGGAGGAUCAAAAAUUCGACUUCGAAUAUGUUGUUAAGAAGAAGGACUUCGAGAUAUCGGACUUGAACAGCCAAGUGAACGACCUCCGAGGUAAAUUCAUGAAGCCCACUCUGAAGAAGGUCUCCAAGUACGAGAACAAGUUCGCCAAGCUCCAGAAGAAGGCGGCCGAGUUCAACUUCCGUAACCAGCUUAAACAGGUUAAGAAGAAGGAAUUCACCCUCGAGGAGGAGGACAAGGAGAACGCGUCAAAAGAUAAGAAGAAACCCGACUGGUCGAAGAAGGGCGAGGAAAAGAAGGAGGAACCACCAGCAGAAGCUCCUGCACCCACACCUUCGCCACAGCCGGAGCCACCUGCGCCAGCGCCUGCACCUGCACCUGCACCACAAGAACCACCGGCUCCUGCACCAGCACCGUCACCAACACCGACGCCAGACCCAGCUCCGGCACCCCCGGCCGAGGGAGCUCCUCCAGCAGCUCCGGCGGAAGGAGCCCCACCAGCAGAGGGUGCGCCUCCGGCCGGUGCACCAGCACCAGCGGAAGGAACCCCCGCAGCACCGCCAGCCGAGGGAGCCCCAGCUGCACCCCCAGCAGAGGCUGCACCAGCACCAGCGCCCGCCGAAACUAAGGUAGUUAUGCUUGUGAAAGUUACACUGACCCUCAGGCCCAAUCGCCCGAUUUUGGGCUCGAAAUUCAUCACGUUCGGUAUGUUUACUCAAAGGUUGGCGAUCUAGUAGAUCACUAAAAAUCUAGUCACGAGUAGCGAUUAAAGAAGUAAUCGACUAAUUGCAUCAUCGAUCGCGCACGGUGUGUACCGUGACUGCGAAUGAAUCAAUCAGAACUGCAACGAUACUGUUCCAUAAUUACUUCAUUUCUACGUUUUUGUGUACGUCGCGAAUCAUUUAGUUAAAUAGCGGUAGUAAUAAUUGGUAGUUGCAAUAAUACUAGCGAGGAUAGAGAUCACAUAAAACCCAUCGAAACUUGGAUCAAAGUAGAAACAAACUCCGCUCCGAAGAACAGAGACUCGGACCUAAAAGGACUAAAAAAUCAAUUAAUCAAAAAAGAUUUAAUUCUCCCUCCCGGUGGAGCACAGAUCGUUCGUAAUCUAAACGAUUCUUUUCUUUAUUUGCAGCACCCGCAUCGUAACUUCGUCGAAGUUGGAACGGACGAAGGGUCACCUCGCUAUGUAAUUUUCACUCGUUGACGUCAGAAUUUGCAUAAAACGUACAUGGAUAAGCACAGAGUACGGAUACGUAUGCGUCGAGCCAUAUUAAUCUCGGUGCAACGGUUCAUGCGUUGGUUAUCAUCGUCGUCGUCAUCGUCAUCAUCGUCAUUGUCGUCGUAAUCAUUCUUUACCGUCAUGCACACGCGUCAUAUUUAUGCGUCAUGCCUACGAGGAACGAAAGCAAAACGGAACAAAAAGAAACAAAGAUAGAAAAAAGGGACGUUUGUCGUUGAUGCGUUUUACUUUCUCCUCCGUGGGUUUUACGAUACGUUAUCGUUCAUAGUAAUUGGAAAUCGUCACGGGAUGCCCGACCAGUUUUUCCGCGUUUCUUAGCCAAGUAUAUAGGAAAAACAAAUAUAAUAAUGUCGCGUCUUUGUUCGAAGUAACGGUCCCUUGGCCGUCCCGUGAUUGUUAUCCCUCGCGAUAAAAGAGCGUUCGUGACGCUUGCGAUUCUAUCGAUUUCACGAUCAUCGACUAUGAAGUCGAACGAUCCACGAAACAAAACUCGAAAUUAAGACUACCCGUUAUGUUUCUAUGUAAAUAAUUUCCGACGCGUUCUAUCGAAAAUUAAUACAGAUAUAACACCUGAGAUGAGAGAAUUGGAUUUCGUAAUAAAAACUUUUCUGCGAUUA